AUGAUGUAAGAUUAUACAUUUUGUUAUAACUGAAUAACUGAUAGGUAUUCAUUUUAACACAACUAUUCAAGAAUAUUUAGUAUAGAAAAUUACUUCGUGAGAAUUUAUGAACAAUAUCUUCUUGACUAGGUGGCUGUCAGAGUCAGCUAGGUGGCUGAUUGUGACCAACAAACCCCAGAAGGGCUUACAGGAACUUAGAAGAGUUGCAUGCAAGAAUGGAGUGAAGAAUUCUGGAGGUGCACUGACCAUGGAGGUUGUGAGAACCACCAUGAGGGAAGAGCUGGAGGCAACACAAACAAAACCUUCUCUGCGUGACUUAUUCCGCACCCCCAACUUGCGAAAGCGUGUGUUUAUCCUGUGCCUUUUGAGAUUUACAACAGCAAUCCCUGUAUUUGGCUUCAACAUCCAUCUCCAACACCUGAAGAGUAAUGUCUUCCUAAUGCAAUGUCUCUCUGCUGUAAUGUCCAUCCCAGCCUGUGUUGCUGGAAUGUUUCUACUGAACCACAUUGGCCGUAGACUAAGUCAACUAUUCCUCUGUUUCCUGUUUGGAAUCACCAUCCUGGCUACAGUGUUUGUUCCUGAAGAAAUGCGGACUCUGCAUACAGUUUUGAUAACACUGGCAGGAGCAAAUUCUGCUGUGAUUGCUAGCAGUAAUAGACUACACUCAAAUGAGCUACUCCCCACCGUGAUCAGGGCAAGGGCAGUAGGACUCAUUGGUAUUGCUGGAAAUGUAGGUUCAGCUAUGUCUCCAGUUUUAAUGACCCUCAUGAUGUACUCUGACUCUUUACCCUGGAUCAUCUAUGGAGCCAUCUCUAUCCUUGCUGGCUUUGUUCCUCUUCUCCUUCCUGAGACCAAGAACCAACCUCUGCCUGACUCCAUUCAAGAUGUAGAAAAUGAGUGGAAAGGUUCAAGGCAUACAAAUGAGGAAGGUGCCAUCAUCAAAGUGACACCGUUUUAAGGAACUCUGAGAACUGGCCUCUGGUCAAAUAGCAGGAUAAUGAAAAAAGUCACUCAGAAUGUGCUGUCCCAGGAGCAUUCCUAGCUACUAGCAAAUUUUUCAAUAAAUGCUGAUGCAAAUAUGGAUUGUA